AUGGCUAGACGAACAAGAAAUAAUAACAACAGUAAUGGCGAUGGCGUGCUUGAUGGCGAUGUCGCUCGAAUUAUACGCGCGAUUGCUGAUAGGGUAGGUAAUAUACCACCCCGAAACCAAGAUCAAAACAAAUCGGAGAUGAUAGCAAAGUUUGAAAAGCUACGUCCCCACAAAUUCCUUGGUGGAUCAAAUCCCCAAGAAGCUGAAGCUUGGUUAAGACAAAUUAAGAAGUUGCUAGAAACUUCCGACAUCCGAAUUGAACAAGAUAGAGUAACCAUGGUGGCAUUUCAAGUGGAAGGGGAAGCAGAUCAUUGGUGGGAAAUGAUCAAAAGUACUCGACAAGUAGAGACAUUAACUUGGAGACAGUUCGAAGAGCUGUUCAUGGAAAAGUAUUUUCCUAACUCGCUAAAACAAGAAAUGAUUCAAGAGUUCCUCCAACUGAAACAAGGAAAAAUGUCAGUCGCUCAAUAUGUGAACCGUUUUGAAGCUCUUUCACGGUACGCUUCAGCCAUAGUAGCAAAUGAAGAAGAUAAGGUUAGGCGAUUCGAAUGGGGCUUGGACACAGACAUUAGAGGAAAAUUGAUCGCAGUACAACUCUCUACCUAUGCCCAAAUGGUGGAUCGAGCUUUAAUUGUGGAACGAGAGUUAGCGGAUUCCGAACGCAUUCGGAAUCAGCGAUCAAGGAACAACAACCAACCACGCGGAGGAGGCCCAGUCCGCAACACCAGAAACCAUCAUGCACUAGCACCUUAUGCCGGAGGAAUGCAACAGCAACAAAGGCAGAAUCGAGGAAACCAGCAAGGAGGAAACUUUGUAAAUGAGUGGAAAGGAAGAUGUUUCAGAUGUGGUCAACAGGGGCAUCGUCAAAGUGAGUGUCCUCAAGGUGGGGAGUAUUUUAUGGAUCAGCGAGGGGCACAACAAUACAACAAAUACCAACCUGGGCAAGGUUCUAAGCCUACUCAAAAUACUCAGACCAACAAGGGGCAGCCACAAGCCUCUAGGAAUGCAGGCCGACCAAGAACACAACCACAAGGAGCUGGAAAUGGGAAGAAACCAGGAAAGACUAACCAACAAGCAGUAGGGAGAAUGUAUGCUCUCCAAGAAGAAGAAUAUUUUGAUAACCCAUCAGUGAUUCAAGGUAUGUUAAUCCUUAUGAAUUCUUGGGUUAAAGUAUUGUUUGAUUCUGGAGCUUCGCAUUCUUUUAUAUCCACUGCAUGUGUGACAAGUUUGGGUCUAGAGCCAGAGACGCUAGGGAUAACUAUGAGUGUCACUUCGCCCUUAGGAGGUCAAACCCGAGUAAAUCUAGUAUGUAAAUCUUGCGAGCUAGAAAUCUCCGGUUUACAUUUGAUCUGUGAUCUAAGAGUUAUGGAUAUGUCGGAUUUUGACGUCAUCCUAGGAAUGGACUGGUUGUCAGUUCAUCGAGCCAUUAUUGAUUGUUACUGUAAGACAGUGACAGCAUCCUCCCUUAACGGCACGAAAGUUCAAUUUAAAGGGGAUAGACAAGAUUCUCUAACUCCAACGUGUCGCAAGUCGCGAUGGCAUGAUCAACUAAACGGAUGGUUGGAAAGCCUAAUUUUGGAAGACGAAAAUCGAGUGGAUCCAGGAUUACCCCAUGUGGUGUGCGAGUACGCUGACGUUUUCCCUGACGAAUUACCAGGAUUACCUCCAAAACGAGAUGUAGAUUUCACGAUUGAGCUUCAACCCGGGACUUCACCGAUUUCAAUAGCACCACAUCGUAUGGCGCCAGCUGAACUUCGAGAAUUGAAGGAGCAGUUGCAAGAACUAUUGAGAGAAGAUAUACCCAAAACUGCAUUUCGAACUCGUUAUGGCCACUAUGAGUUUGUGGUAAUGCCAUUUGGUUUGACAAAUGCUCCUGGGGUAUUCAUGAGUUUAAUGAACAAAAUUUUUACCCCCUAUUUAGACCAAUUUGUGGUAGUAUUCAUUGAUGAUAUUUUGAUAUACUCACGAUCGGAGGAAGACCACGAGCAACAUCUGAGAACCGUUUUGCAAAUUCUAAGAGAAAACCAAUUGUAUGCUAAAGCUAGCAAAUGUGAAUUUUGGUUGAAGGAAGUAAAGUUCUUAGGUCAUGUUGUGUCUGAAUCAGAGAUAUCAGUGGAUCCUGCUAAAGUAGAAGCAGUAAUGGGGUGGAAACAACCUAAGAAUACGUUUGAGAUUCGUAGUUUCUUGGGAUUAGCAGGUUAUUAUAGGAGAUUCAUUCAGGAUUUCUCCAAAUUAGCCAAGCCAAUGACACGCCUAACGCAAAAAGGAGUAAAGUUUGAAUGGAACGAAGCGUGUGAGCAGUCAUUUCAAGAACUCAAGAAGAGACUGACAAACGCUCCAAUAUUAAUCAUACCCGAACGUGACGUUGGGUACACUGUUUACUGUGAUGCCUCUAAAGAAGGGUUAGGUACUGUGUUAAUGCAAAACGGGAAGGUAGUGGCUUACGGAUCAAGACAAUUGAAGAAUCAUGAGAAAAAUUAUCUUACUCACGAUCUGGAGUUGGCAGCUGUGGUCUAUGCACUUAAGACUUGGCGACAUUACCUUUAUGGCGAAAAAUUUGAGAUAUUUACCGAUCACAAAAGCUUGAAGUACUUGUUCACACAAAGAGAUUUGAACAUGAGGCAGAGACGCUGGAUGGAGUACCUUGAAGAUUACCAAUUUACCUUGUCUUAUCAUCCCGGAAAGGCUAAUGCCUUGGGUACAGAGUUAUGUUUUAGUACAGCUUUUCACCCUCAAACUGACGGUCAAUCGGAAAGACCUCGUCGAGGAGUUGUUCAUUUCGGAAAGAAGGGAAGGUUGUCACCUCGCUUCAUUGGACCUUUUGAAAUUUUGGACAAAUUAAGAGAAGUGGCGUACCGUUUGGCUCUACCGCCUCAACUGGCUAGAGUACAUAAUGUUUUCCACGUCUCUAUGCUACGGAAAUACGAGCCACACCCUUCUCACAUCAUCAAUUGGGAGGAAAUUAAUCUUGAUGAAGACGUGACAUUUGAAGAAAAGCCUGUCAAGAUUUUAGAUCGUCGCGAGAAGAAAUUACGAGGUAAAACUAUACCAUUGGUUCGAGUUCUCUGGAGACAUCGUGGGACGGAAGAGUCAACGCGGGAGCGAGAAGAUAUGAUACGUGUCAAUUACCCUCAACUAUUCGAGUCUAAAGGUACGAAUUAA